AUGAAAAAGGACUACAUCAAGGACCUUUCCACAAAGUAUCUUAUAUGCGACCACGAAAGAAUAAGAAGGGAGUAUCUUAAGUACAAGGCCAAAAACAUAGAUACAUUGGAAUACAUUGAUGACACCAUGCUAAUGAUGUACGAACACGCAUUCUUUUAUAACUUCACCAAGAUCAAGUUUUCCAGAAAAGAUCUUCCAAAAGAAGUGAGUCCAAGGAUAUUUAGGACAGCUCUUGAAGAAGUGAAGAAUAAGUAUGCCCCUGAAAAGAAUCCUGAGGACAAAGGUCUUGUAUGCAACCUGUAUUCGAUUACAAACCCCCUUUCUCUCUAG